AUGGAAACAAUCACCACGAUGGAUGAAGACCUUCAUGCGGCGGCACUGCUGUGCGAGGCUGCCUACCGCACCCACUUUCAAACGCACGAGCUGCUCAAGCACGUCGACUCAGUCAGGGCGCUGCUGUCCCAGGCGGCCAUCGGAGAGCUUUCCGUCCACUCUGCAGGAGACCAAAAGUACGUCGUGAGCCAAGGGCCCGGCGCGCUGUACGUAGCUUUUCAAGGGACCAGCCAGCUGGGGGACUGGCUCUCAAACCUGAGCGUGCGGCAUGCGCCCCUGUGGCGCCGAGCGGCACAGGGCGAGCGCGCGCGGCAGCACCCCUCCGCGCACGGCGGGUUCCGGCGGCGAUCCAUGGCGCUGCCGCUGCUGGAGUUGCGCGACGCGGCGCGCGCGGCGGGCAAGCGGCUUGUGCUCUGCGGCCACUCGUUGGGCGGCGCGGUCGCGGCCCUCGGCACAAUCACCCUGCUUCGGGAGAGCACAGCCGACACUGCCGGCGCUGCCGGCGGCGGCGGCGGCGGCGGCGGGGACAGCAGCGGCGGCCCCGGCGGCGAGCGGGGGGCGGAGGUCAGGUGCAUAAGCUUUGCCGCGCCGCCGUGCGCCAACGAUGCGCUCGCAGCCGAGGUCGCCGCGGCGGGGUGGGACCGGCACAUUCAGAACUACGUGCUGCCAGAGGACCCGGUGGUGCCUGUGGUGAACCGCCUGCUGCGCGCCAAUGCAGUCGCAGCGACAGAGCGCUUCUUCUCCGCCCCCGCCGUCUCGAGCAGCAGCAGCGACGCCGCCAGCAGCAUUGGCGCUGGCGCCGGCGCCGGCGGCCGCAGCAGUGCGGACGCGGCGCCCCAGCGCGAGCCCGACGCGCCUCGCGGCGCGCGGGCGGCGGCCGCAACGGCGGCGGCGGCCGAGGAAGCUUCCAAGCUGCUGCUGCCGGUGCAGAUGCUGGUCCUUGAUCAGGCAGAGGCGGCAGCUGCGGCAUGGCUGCGGGAAGAGAACGGCGAGGACGAAUCAGACACCGCCGUCCCCCACCCGCACCCGCAGCCGGUACCGCACUCCAACCCAGCGAUUGCAGCGGCCACAGUGGCGGCGGCGGCGGCGGCUGCCGCAGCGGCGCAAGGCCGGCGGCACGCGCACUCUUUGCAGACCGGUGGGGCACAGCUGACCGUCGGCCGCCGCUUUUAUGCAUGGCCAGGCCAGCAGCAGCAGCCGCAACAGCAGCGUCAGUUCACGCAUCAGGCGGCCCAGCUGGCAAGCAGCCAACACCAGCAGCAGCAGCAGCCGCCGCAGCAGUGGGGGCAGCAGCAGCUAAGCAUGGACGCGAAGUGGGCAGGCCUGGUGCUGCACCCACGACUGCAAGGCGCCCUCCUGCAGCCCUCCGCGGCGGCGCUGUCGCUGCAAGCCCGCCUCGCCGCCGGCGGCCCCGCGGCCGCGGUCCGCGUGGCCCGCAUCUGGGCGCAGCGCGCGCUCUCGGGCAGCCUCCGCAGCGGCCUGCGCGCGCUUGCGCUCGCCGCGCCGCGCCUCCUACCCUCGUUCGCGCGCGGCGGCGCGCCGGGGCCCGUCCUCGGGCGCGUGCUGCCCGCGGCCCUCGGGCUGGAGAUCUUUGGGUCGGCACUCCUCGCGCUCGCGGUUCCUCGGACGUGCGCGCUCGGGUCCCAGUGGGUGCUCUCGCACGAUGGGCUGCGGCAGGCCGACAGGCCUCUGGCCCUGUAUCCGCGGCGGCCGCAGUCCCUGGGGCUGCGGGAACUGGGGGGCCUAUUCCCGGGCCACCGCAUGAUCUCGUACCGCAACCGGAUCGCGCACCUCGCAGCAGCGACUGCAGGCGCCGCCGCGGCCGCGCGGUGA